AUGCCUACGACGAGAGUGACGAGCGGCCGGCGGAACAUGCUGCAUGGCCGUGACACUUUUCGACGCGAGAGCGUACAAUCGCAGAGCACCCAGCCCGCGUAUCUGCCGAGAGCCGUGGACCCGUCGUCACGCAUCGAGAAAUAUCUCUUCCGCAAGACCGACUUUUGCUUCUCCUACUCCCACCUCCACCCGGAAUACGCCGCCCUCUACGACCGCCUGCAAAAUGCCAACAUCAGUCACACGAGCGACAACUUCACACAAGCCGCGGCGCUAUUCUCGGGCAUUGAGGUCAAGCCGCCCAAUGGUGGGGCCGUGGAGGCGCAGGUCCAAGUCAGCAUCUGGAUGGCAGCAAGUCUACACAAGAAGGCGGAUCUGGCCCGGUGCGCGAUGCCUGCAAAGCGCGACGUCCCCUCGCUUGACGAAGCCAUCGACGUAGCCUCCGCCAGCGCACGAGCCACCUCACCCAGCGACCGCUACACAGUGCAGCUAAAUGAGCAGCGGCGACAACAAUGGUACCCAAUGCUAUUCGAGUGA